UUUCUUUUGCAUGUGCCUCUCUCUCUCUCUCUCUCUCUCUCUAUCUCAUACACACAUAGAGUUCAGAUACACACAGAGUUCAGAAGUUCACAACUCCAUCAUACAGACUCUCUCUGUCUCGCUGUCUUUGUCGCUGAAAACUCAGUUGCAGAAAAUCAAGGACCAGCAGCGAGAUCUCACACAAAAUCUAACUGAGAACUGAAUUUCCGCUUCGCCAAUCAAACCGAUCCAAUCUAGUCCCCCGCCAAUGAAGGCCAUCAAAGCCCUCAACCCCGCUGUCAUCACCUUCGACCACAAGAGGGAUGCUUAUGGGUUUGCUGUGAGACCUCAGCAUGUACAGAGAUACCGUGAAUAUGCUAAUAUCUACAAGGAGGAAGAGGAGGAAAGAUCAGAUAAGUGGAAUUUUUUCCUGGAACGGCAAGCAGAGUCAGUAGAAGAAGAUAAGAAGAGCCUCCAUGCUGGAGUUUCAGGGCAAGAACCAGAUGCUAGCUUGGAGAAAGUUGCUGAAGGAGACGAUUUAAGUGGCCAGAAGCUUGGUUCCAAUGAUUCGGCUGAAAAUGGUGCCAGAAAGGAGGAGGUACCUGCAGCUAAGGAGACAAAAACUCAUAAGCACCAAAUAUGGACUGAGAUCAGGCCAUCCCUUCGUGCCAUUGAAGAUAUGAUGAGCAUUCGUGUAAAGAAGAAAAACAAUUUAUCAAAAGAUGAGCAAGGUGCUGAAACUGGAAAGCUGCUUCCUUCUCCUAUUGAAGAGGCUAGAUCCUCUAAAGGAAUAUCUGAGGAGGACUCCGAGGAUGAAUUUUAUGAUGCAGAGAGGUCUGAUCCCAUUCAAGAUGUUCCUCCAAGUGAAACCCUCAGUGCCCCUGUUACUGGUGCUGCUAAUGACGUGGUCCCUCCAGAAUCUUUGGUUCCUUGGAAAGAAGAAUUAGAAGUCCUUGUUCGUGGUGGAGUGCCUAUGGCUCUCAGGGGAGAGCUUUGGCAAGCUUUUGCGGGUGUGAGAUCACGUCAUGUUGAGAAGUAUUACCAGGAUCUGCUAUCUCCAGAAAGUAAUUCUGGCAAUAACACAGAACAAAAUAGCACACGGUUGGACAACAAUAGUGAGGGCUUAACUACAGAUUCUGUAUGUGUGCCAGAGAAGUGGAAAGGGCAGAUUGAGAAGGAUUUGCCUCGAACAUUUCCGGGCCAUCCCGCUCUUGAUGAGGAUGGUAGAAAUGCUUUGAGGCGCUUACUUACAGCUUAUGCUAGACAUAAUCCAUCUGUUGGGUACUGCCAGGCCAUGAAUUUCUUUGCUGGCUUAUUACUUCUUUUGAUGCCUGAAGAAAAUGCUUUUUGGACCUUGAUGGGCAUUAUUGAUGACUAUUUUGAUGGCUAUUACUCAGAGGAAAUGAUAGAGUCUCAGGUUGACCAACUUGUUUUUGAGGAGUUGGUGCGCGAGAGAUUUCCUAAAUUGGUCAAUCAUCUAGAUUACCUGGGAGUGCAGGUGGCUUGGGUUACCGGACCGUGGUUCCUUUCCAUUUUUAUGAACAUGCUUCCAUGGGAAAGUGUUCUUCGAGUCUGGGAUGUGCUUCUUUUUGAAGGCAACCGCGUCAUGCUAUUUAGAACAGCACUUGCUUUGAUGGAGUUAUAUGGCCCUGCAUUGGUCACAUCUAAGGAUGCUGGAGACGCAGUUACUUUGCUGCAGUCGCUGGCGGGGUCAACAUUUGAUAGCAGUCAACUUGUAUUGACUGCUUCCAUGGGUUACCAAAAUGUAAAUGAAGCCCGGUUACAAGAGUUGAGAAGUAAACACCGGCCAGCUGUAAUAGCUGCACUUGAGGAAAGAUCAAAGGGGCUUCGAGCUUGGAGGGAUUCUCAGGGUCUGGCAUCUAAACUAUAUGGUUUUAAGCAUGAUCCUAAAUCAAUGAUAAUAGAAGCCAAUAAAACAGAACAAUCGUCUGAUACACAAACAAAUGGUUGUUUAUCUCAUUCGGAGUCUGGGUCCACAAAUUCAGAUGAAAUUCUCAUUAGCCUGAAUGGGGAUUUGGAGGUUGAUUCCGUCAAAGAUCUUCAAGAGCAGGUGAUGUGGUUGAAGGUUGAAUUGUGCAAGUUGCUGGAGGAGAAAAGAUCAGCUGUUCUCAGAGCUGAGGAAUUGGAGACGGCUUUGAUGGAAAUGGUCAAGCAGGAUAAUCGGCGGCAAUUGAGUGCCAGGGUUGAGCAGUUAGAGCAGGAGGUUGCUGAACUUCGAAGGGCCCUCUCUGAUAAGCAGGAACAAGAAAAUGCCAUGCUUCAGGUCUUAAUGCGGGUAGAGCAAGAGCAAAGGGUAACAGAAGAUGCUCGUAGAUUUUCCGAGCAAGAUGCAGCAGCACAAAGAUAUGCUGCUCAAGUGCUUCAGGAGAAGUAUGAAGAGGCCACUGCUUCAAUUGCUGAAAUGGAGAAGAGAGUGGUUAUGGCAGAAUCAAUGUUGGAGGCUACCUUGCAGUACCAAUCCGGCCAAGUUAAAGCACAACCCUCUCCACGAUCUCCACAUCCAGAUUCUUCAACAGCACGAAGCAAUCAAGAGUCUGCACAAGAUUUUCCUGCUAGAAAGAUUGGUUUGCUAGCUCGUCCAUUUGGACUUGGCUGGCGAGACCGGAACAAGGGGAAACAAGCUACUGUUGAGGAGCCCAUUGACAGUAAAUAUACCUAUGAAGGUCAAAGCCCCAGCCCACAACAAGCAGAUGCUAAUGGUGUGCAAGACCAAGAUAGAGAAUAACAGGUUUAUUAGAAUGAUACUGCAAUAGAUAUACUUCUUUGAUUUCCCCAUUCCAAUAUGCUUUUGGCUUGGUCGAUAUCUUCUGCGUCAGUGUCAGUGUCAGUUCAGGUGGUGGGUAGAUUUAGCUUCUGUAUUUAAUUUUGACUAGACAGAACCGAUAUUGAGCUCAUAUUCUUUCAUUAUUUGUUUGUUCAUUGCGUCGGUGGCAAUAAUAGUACGGUGGAGGAGAGAUUGUAAGCAGACACAUGAGAUCGAUCAUUACACAACUGUAUAAUAUUUGCAUUAGUAUCUUGCGU